AUGGUUGUGGUGAUGAUGAUGGUUGUGAUGAUAGCAAUGAUGGUGGAGGUGAUGAGGGUGGUGGUGAUGACGGUGGUGGUGAUGAUAGCAAUGAUGGUGGUGGUGAUGAGGGUGGUGGUGAUGAUGAUGGUGAUGAUGAUAGCAAUGAUGGUGGAGGUGAUGAGGGUGGUGGUGAUGACGGUGGUGGUGAUGAUAGCAAUGAUGGUGGAGGUGAUGAGGGUGGUGGUGAUGAUGGUGGUGGUGAUGAUAGCAAUGAUGGUGGAGGUGAUGAGGGUGGUGGUGAUGAUGGUGGUGGUGAUGGUAGCAAUGAUGGUGGAGGUGAUGAGGGUGGUG